CGUUGCGUACUUUGUUUCCUCAGAAGUACAUUAGAAGAAAAAAAAACACAGAGAAGAUCGUUGACGGAUUUAUAGCUACUGUAAAAUCGGGAUAUACUCCAAUCUUUGAGCAGCCAAUCGAGGUGUUUUGGGUCAUUAAUUCCUUUUUAUUCUCCAUCGAAAUGGCAGAUGCUUACUGGAGAGUCACCGACGGCCGUAUACAUCCGGUAUCUCUUCCUCCGGUCCCCUCAAAACGCCCGAGGACCGAAAAUGAUGUUCCAAGUGGUCCUGAGAUGCCUGGCAGUCAUAGCCACAAUGAUGUACAAGGAAUGCAUCAUGCCAUUAGAGAAACGGAUCCUAUUGAAACAUCCUAUGAACAAUACUUGCGAAGCGGGCAAAAUUCUUCGUAUGCUGGUGGUGACUCUGCAAGAUCCAUGAGUAAUGGAGUAGGCAGUCAUUCUAUUGACGGUCCACGUGUUAUGGGUACUGUGGGAUCAGAACCAGUUGCUGCUAGAAACAGGACCAUUGAGUUUGGAGGUGUUAGACCAGAAGUUCCUCUUCCACCUGAGGCUAGCAGUACAUUGUUUGUGGAGGGGUUGCCUGCUAAUUGCACCCGAAGAGAGGUGUCACAUAUAUUUCGACCAUUCGUAGGUUUCAAAGAAGUUAGACUGGUGAUCAAAGAGUCACGACAUCCAGGAGGGCAUCCAUUUGUUCUUUGCUUUGUUGAUUUUAUGAGUCCACCCCAUGCAGCCACUGCGAUGGAUACUUUACAAGGUUAUAAAUUGGACGAGCAUGAACGUGAUUCUCCCAACUUAAGGCUGCAAUUUGCUCGCCGUCCUGGUGCCAGGUCAGGUGGUGGGUAUCGCGGAAAGCAUUGAAUUAUGCAUCUUUACAGGACCAACUUGAAUUCGGAGAUUACAUGUUUAGAUGUUAUGCCAGCUUUGCGGUUUUGUGUUUGACAUCUCUCUCUCUCUGAAUGGGUGGUUUCAUUAGGACCAGCCUUUUCUCCUUGCAUGGGAAGAAAUGGUAGUCUUCAUUUCCGUGUCAAUUUCUGCGUCGUCCUUUGCAGAACACGGGUGUUGUUAUAUUUCAUAUCCUGAUUGCUGAAAGAUGAUUUCAGUUUUAUCUGGUGCGUAGGAUGUUAUUUAUAAUAUACCAUUGUAACUUUAAUGAUAAGUGGGAAGUACUUUGUACUAUUUGUAGA